UGCGACCGGUCCUCCCCCAUCCCGAGCGCGACGGCCCGGCGGUGGGAGCUUGCGAGCUCCCGUCCCCGCGCGCACCGCUCAGCUUGCAGUCGGCGGGCGCCGCCGCCGGGGUCGCGGAUGGGGGAGGCGCCGCCGGAAGCGACCCCGCCGUCGAACCAAGAUUAACAUUUGAUGACACAUUUUCAUACCCCUUGAUUCGCCCUUGAAGUGAUACGGAUAGAAGUUCUCAAAGUGGCAUAUUAGAUCAACUGGAACCAGCUGCGUAUUUUCAUGUUCACUUAAGUCAGAACUUGUAUAAGACAAGAAUGAGAGUCUGGUUAAAUAAAGACGACUAUGUCAGAGACUUGAAAAGGGUCAUCCUCUGUUUUCUAAUUUUGUAUAUGACUGUUUUGGUGGGCACAGAUCAGGAUUUUUACAGUUUACUUGAAGUAUCCAAAACUGCAAGCAGUAGAGAAAUAAGACAAGCUUUCAAAAAGUUGGCACUGAAACUUCAUCCUGAUAAAAACCCGAAUAAUCCAAAUGCACAUAGUGAUUUUUUAAAAAUAAAUAGAGCAUAUGAAGUACUCAAAGAUGAAGAUCUGCGGAAAAAGUAUGACAAAUAUGGAGAAAAGGGACUUGCAGAUAACCAAGGAGGAGGGCAGUAUGAAAGCUGGAAUUAUUAUCGAUAUGAUUUUGGUAUUUAUGAUGAUGAUCCUGAAAUCAUAACAUUGGACAGAAGAGAAUUUGAUGCUGCUGUUAAUUCUGGAGAACUGUGGUUUGUGAACUUUUAUUCUCCAGGAUGUUCACAUUGUCAUGAUUUAGCUCCCACGUGGAGAGAUUUUGCUAAAGAAGUUGAUGGAUUACUUCGAAUUGGGGCUGUUAACUGUGGUGAUGAUAGAAUGCUUUGCCGAAUGAAAGGAGUCAACAGUUAUCCCAGCCUCUUCAUUUUUAGGUCUGGAAUGGCUGCAGUUAAAUAUCAUGGUGACAGAUCAAAGGAAAGUUUAGUGAGUUUCGCCAUGCAACACGUUAAAAGCACAGUGACAGAAUUGUGGACAGGAAAUUUUGUUAAUGCCAUACAAACUGCUUUUGCUGCUGGUAUUGGCUGGCUGAUCACUUUUUGUUCCAAAGAAGGAGAUUGUUUGACUUCACAGACGCGUCUCAGACUUAGUGGCAUGUUGGAUGGUCUUGUUAAUGUAGGAUGGAUGGAUUGUGCCACCCAAGAUAACCUUUGUGAAAGUUUAGAUAUCACAGCAAGUACAACUGCCUAUUUUCCCCCUGGAGCCACUUUAAAUGACAAAGAGAAAAGCAAUGUUUUGUUUCUUAAUUCAUUGGAUGCUAAAGAAAUAUAUUUGGAAAUAAUGCAUAAUCUUCCAGAUUUUGAACUACUUUCAACAAACACACUAGAGGAUCGUUUAGCUCAUCAUCGGUGGCUCUUAUUUUUUCAUUUUGGAAAAAAUGAAAAUUCAAAUGAUCCUGAGUUGAAGAAACUAAAAACUCUACUUAAAAAUGAACAUAUUCAAAUUGGCAGGUUUGACUGUUCAUCUGCGCCAGACUUCUGUAGUAAGUUCUACAUUUUUCAGCCAUGUUUAGCAGUAUUCAAGGGACAAGGAACCAAAGAAUAUGAAAUUCAUCAUGGAAAGAAGAUUCUGUAUGAUAUACUUGCCUUUGCCAAAGAAAGUGUUAAUUCUCAUGUUACUACACUUGGACCUCAAAAUUUUCCUGCCAAUGAAAAAGAACCAUGGCUUGUUGAUUUUUUUGCUCCUUGGUGUCCACCAUGUCGAGCUCUAUUACCUGAGUUACGAAAAGCAUCAAAACAUCUUUACGGUCAGCUUAAGUUUGGCACCUUGGAUUGUACAAUUCAUGAAGGACUCUGUAAUAUGUAUAACAUUCAAGCUUAUCCAACAACAGUGGUUUUCAACCAGUCCAGCAUUCAUGAAUAUGAGGGACAUCACUCUGCUGAACAGAUCUUAGAGUUCAUAGAGGAUCUUAUGAAUCCUUCAGUGAUCUCCCUGACACCAACCACUUUCAAUGAACUAGUUAAAGAAAGAAAACAACACGAAGUCUGGAUGGUUGAUUUUUAUUCACCAUGGUGUCAUCCAUGUCAGCUCUUAAUGCCAGAAUGGAAAAGAAUGGCCCGGACUUUAAAUGGACUGAUCAAUGUGGGCAGUAUAGACUGUCAAAAGUAUCAUUCUUUUUGUUCCCAAGAAGAAGUUCGGAGAUACCCUGAGAUAAGAUUUUAUCCCAAAAAAUCAAAUAAGAAUUCUCAGUAUCAUAGCUACAAUGGUUGGAAUAGAGACGCUUACUCCCUAAGAGUCUGGGGUCUCGGAUUUUUACCUCAAGCAUCAGUAGAUUUAACACCUCAGACUUUCAAUGAAAAAGUUUUACAAGGGAAAAACCACUGGGUGAUUGAUUUUUAUGCUCCGUGGUGUGGACCUUGCCAGAAUUUUGCUCCAGAAUUUGAGCUACUAGCUAGGAUGAUUAAAGGAAAAGUAAAAGCUGGAAAAGUAGACUGUCAGGCUCAUUCUCAGACAUGCCAGAAUGCUGGUAUUAGAGCCUAUCCAACUGUUAGAUUUUAUCCCUAUGAACGCACAAAGAGAAAUAUUUGGGGAGAGCAUAUAGAUAACAGAGAUGCAAAAGAAAUUGCUGCCUUAAUAAAUGAAAAAUUGGAAAAUCUUCAAAAUCAUGAACAGAGAAAUAAGGAUGAACUUUAAUGAUGUUAAGGAUGAAGAGAAAAUUAAAAAGAAAUCCUCACAAAUUACAUCAGAAGAUAUCUUUAGAGUGUUUCUUCAUUCUUGAUAAGAAUAAAUGAACAUUAUCUUGGACUUUACUUGCACUGUUUGAGUUCUGUACACCGUUGCUAUAAUGAAGGGUCUGUAUACUUUUCUGUAAAAGGUGAGAUCAUAAAUAUUUUAUUUUGUUUCUGGCAUAGUCUUAAUUCUGUUUUGUUUACAGCCCUUCUUAGCUCAGGGCUAUACAGAGAAUGGCUAUAAGCCAAAUUUAGUCCAUGGACCAUUGAUUGCUGACCCCUGGAAAUGAUUAGACUGGCUGGCAUGCAUGUCUAGGAAGUACAAAAAGAUCUUCAGUGUUUUUACAUUUUGUAGCUGGCGUGAGAAAAGCUAGCUUAGUUUUAAGUCACCUGUUUCAGAAAAGAAAUGUCUAUAAUUCUCUUGCCAUUCAUUUCAUUUUUUUAAACAUAUAAUGUGGCAAAAUUAACAGAUAAUCUUGUUUUCAUAUUAAUCAUUGUGAAAAGAUCCCAUUUUUCUUUUCAAAGGUUGAAAAUUUAUUUUUAAUUUUUUUACAAUUAAAAAGUGUGCAACAAUAAAUAAAUUUUACAGAUUUCUACAGCUUCCAGAAAUAACUAAGGGAAAAAAGAUGUUUAUACCAAUUAAUUGGGCAUUGUAUACCAAAUACAUUGAGAAUUUAGCAUUCUGUAUUUUAAAGGUUUAUGCAUUCAUAUAUUUCCUGAAUUGCUUUCAUAAAAGUUUUCCUGGGAUAAUGAUUGAUUUCUGAAUCAUCUUUAUGAUAUUCAUAUUUUUGCCCUCUAGACAUUCUGUUUUAAUGUAUAUCCUUUAUAUAUCUUUGUCUUUUAUCUUCAUGGUUGUGAUUUUUCACUCGUGUCUAAUCUCUGUAUAAUUCAUGUAGGCAAAAUAACUGCAAAUUUGUAUCACAAUAGUUCAAAUGAUACUAUAGUUAUUCCAUACUAUAAAUAUUCCAAAUGAUACUUUAGUUUAUUCAAAAACCACUUUUUUAUGGAAGAACUGCCAUAUCAACUGAAGUUAUUUUUGUAAGAAAAUCAAAUAUAUAAAUCUAAGAAUUUGACAUUUGCAUUUUUCAGUUGUAAUGACUUGAAAUAAUCCAAGCUUUUCUCAAAUUUUAAUAAAACCAGGGGCUGGAGAAAAAGCUUAGUGGUAGAGCUUUUACCUUGAAAUGUGGUUUGAUCCCUGGCACAUUUUUUUUUAAGUGACUUUUAGAUUCUAAUUCAUUAAAAGAUGUAAUUGAAUUUUUCCUUGAAAACACUUCCGUUUCAAAACUGUUGGGUUUUUUUUUAUUAUGUUAUUACACUUUAAGGAUGUUUUCCCUCUUCUCUAAUACUUUCUUAUACAAAUAUAGCUGUAAUUUAUACAAUAAUAGAUUUUUUUUCAAUUCUCACUAUAUUCAUAUUCUUUCCGUAAUGUUUCUAGAAUAUCCUUUUAUCUCCUUAUACUGGAUUUGUGUGAGCACCUAUGGGACAGUUACCACUCUAAUCACUAAUUUAUUUUUGGGUUAUGAUCAGCAAUAGAAGUGCCUUUCAUUUUUUAUUUCUCCACAUCUGUAAUAGGACAACUCUAAAGGCAUGGUGUCUGUCACCCAGGUAUUUGUAAUUCCCAGUUCUGACACUGAACACAAACAGGUUUACAAGUGUCUAUACUACUACCUUUACAAUGUUGAAUGUAUUAAGUGAGGAAAAACUUAAUAAAAUAAGCAAGUAUUAUACAUCCUGGAAAUUGGCUUUAAUAUGUGCCUGUUACCUAACCCAUGAAAACAACAGAGUCAAACAAAAUAAGAUCCCAGAAAAAGACCUUAAUGAAACAGAUAAGUGAUUUACCUGAUACAGAGUUUUAAGUAAUGCACAUGCAAUUGCUUUGUCAGGUGGGAAUACUGAUGCAAUCUCUCUGGAAAAUGGCAUGGGAGAUUCUUUAGAAAAUUACG